UGACAAGCAAUGAGCAAUCCUACGUACCUCCUCCUCGUCCUACGAGUCGAAGAUCAAACGCCGCACGCCUCCCAUGUUGAAUGCCGUUAUUCGCGUCGCACCAUGCCUCUGCCCGAUACCGCGCCGUGCUUCGUUGGAGCUGGUCGCCGCCGCGUUCUAUGGCGGACUGUCCUGCCACCGCCCUCGUUCGGCCGUCUUCACGCUCCACUCGCGAUGGGGAUACAAUAUCAAUGACUUACGCGUCCUUCUAGUUCAGUUUGGGCCACGGUCUGCGGGAGUAUAAGAAGUGGCCCAGGAGAAUGGUCAGAUUCCCGAGGUGAACGGUCCGUUUGCCUUACCCCUUCGCUCUUUACAAAUCGCUCUUUCGUCUGUCAGCCACCAUGCGUGUCGCCUACCUGUCCUUCCUCGCCUACGCCCUCACUGUCCUCGGCGCGCCUGUGGUCGGCUUCAGCGCCGUAGCACAGCCCUCUGGCUUCCCAGGUUCGCCCUUCGAGCUGACGGUCCCCGCUGGCAGCGCGGCGUCCGCAAGCACCUCGCCUGCACUCUCUAACGCAGAAGUCCUUCCUACGGUAGCGGCCCGCCACGACCACGAUGACGAGGACCUUGCCCUAGUCGGCGGUGACGUCGAUGUUAACGUGGGCAUUCACGUGCAGCGCGCCAGCUCUACCGACUUCAGCGAGCAUGGUCCGGUUGCCACCACCGAUCCCGCGCCCGCUCCUACCAGCACCGAUGCCAGCUAUCCGGAUCCCAGCGCACCCGCGGACAUCGCGGGCCUGCUCUCGAAUCUCCUAGGCCUCGUCGGCGAGGUUGUAAACGACAUCGCGGGCCCCAACGGCACCCUCCCUGGUAUUCUUGGGGACGUUACCAACCUCGUUGACGACUUGACUGGAGCGGGAUCUAGCGCGGGCUCGUCGACUGGGUCGUCUGGCAGCAGUGGCGACGGUGCUAGCGUCGAUGUGCAUGCUGGUGUUGGCGUGCACGCGAACGUCGACUCGGUGGCCAGCUCGGGCCCACCUCCCCCUGUCGUUGAUGACGUAAACCAGCUCGUCGGACAGAUCAUACAGCUUGUGACACAGCUGCUUACGAUCCUGUAAGCGGUGCGUUGUGCACCCA